AUGUCAGGACCCGCCGAGUCGGAUCAAACUGUUCAAGGCCGCCAAUCUCCAACAUCACCCCUGUCCACGAGCAGCAAAAUACCCGUGGCGUCCAGAACUAAGAGAAGGUCUACACCAGCAUCAAGCCAAGCUUAUACAAUUUGCAGAUGCGACAACUGCCGGCGCCUGAAAGAAAAGUGCAAUGGUGGAACUCCAUGUGACCGGUGUGUAAAAUCCGGCCGUAACUGCCUAUUCACCAAUGCGUACAGGCGAUCAAGACGCCGACCCGCACCUCAGCAGCCAGCGGCCGUCAUAGAUCCAAAAGAGUUCUUUGAUAUCGAAAGAAUUCGGAACUUGGAAGCCAUUGUCCAACACUUUAUGAACAUACAGGACUUCAGCCCCAAGAGGCUCGUAGAGUCUCUGGACCAAUCAGCUAAUGUCGCUACUGCCGAGCAGCUGCUAUCAUGGCCAUUCGCCAUUCAGGACGCAGUUUCUCUAUUUCCACCUGUCGAUAUCGCCACCAUAUUACUCGAUGUCUUUUUCAGCGUUUCUCAAACAAACUACUUCUAUGUAGAUGAGGAACAGAUACGGAGACGAAUAUCUGAGAUGUAUACAGGUAUCGCUGCACCGCUCUCGACUGCCGAUGCUCCAUGGGUGUGUACCGUACUCAUGGUAUUCUGCGUCAGCACCCAGUUCGCACAUUUAGCGCCUCAGGUGAAAAGUAGGCAUUCGAGGAACGGGCAACUCGAUGUUGCUUCAGCGGUCGAUGAUGCUUUGGCGCUGUCUUUCUAUCGAAAAUCAACGUCCAUGAUCCCCGACUUGUUGACAAUUGGGAGUUCACAAUGCGUGCAGGCAUUCAUUUUGAUGGGCGUGUACACACUCCCAGUAGAUCCUGCAGGCUUGGCUAGCAGUUAUUAUGGGAUGGCUAUGAAAAUAGCGAUACACAACAACAUGCACUUGAAGAGUCCAUACAAAACACGAGACACAGAGAUGAGCAACCGCAUUUGGUGGACAGUGUACACUCUAGAAAGGCGUGUAUCCAUACUGCAUGGACGGCCAGCAUCAAUUCAGCGGUCGCAGAUAGGCACUGAGCUCCCAGUCGACUUCCUUGAGCUACAAUCAUCCGGAAGGCCCAAUACAUUUCACAACGCCAUGGCGCAAAAGGAUCUUACCGAGAUCAUGGAGAUGGCUCGUGACACCAUCUUGGUUUUGAAAAGAGCCGAUAGGCCAAAGCUCAAGCAAGUAGCUAAUGAUGCCCUCAAAGUACACCAGAUGUUAGAGAAAUGGUGGGACAAUCUCCCAUCCGAGACCUUCUGCAGGGAUUUUACGCCAGCCCGACCACUCUUUCGAUCAAACAUACACCUUGCACUGACAUAUCACCUGGUGCAUAUUUUCAUGGGCCGCUCCUUUAUUUUUGACGACUUUAGUGCCGACGAGCUGUCUAUCCACGAAUGGGUCACGACCCGCAAAGUCCUCAUAGAACACUGUAUUAAAAGCGCCAUAUCAUCCAUACGGCUCUGUCAAAAGCUCAACGAUGAAUUCGGGCUUUCCAAAUCCUCGUAUACUGAGUUCACUUCUUGCUGCGCUGCAGUAGUAACUUUGAUAGCUCACCGUGUCCUCAACAAGACGGCAGACCUGGAGGACAUAUGCGACCAAGGGAUUAUACUAUUAAAAAUUAUGUCUGGUGGCGUCUUUGCGAAUACCAAAAGCUCAGAGAAACAGGGCCUGGAGAUUUUAGAAAUGGCGUUGGCCAAACUGGGCACAAGUCAUGGUGAAAGCCCCGCAUUGGGUGGUGCGGGUUAUGACCAAUUUUGCACCUGGGUCGCACUGCAGAUUGACCCGGAUCACUCGCUCAGAGACGACGAGGCAACGCACGCGGCAGGAUUGGCGGAGAGAUGUAAAUCAGCUCCGGAAUAUUCCCAUAUAGAAGGAACGAACUUCAUCCCGGAGUUCGUUCCCUCUACAUUUGCCGAGCUAAUGUCGUUCCCGGGCUUGGAAAAUUAUUUCCAGUACUCAGUAGGGUAA